AUGUCCUCAACCACAACAAAAUAUCAAACGACUCCACGUGUCUCAAAUAAGAGAGUUCAGCGAGUAAAGAUGAUCGCUAAUCCGACGACGGAUGUAAAAUGCUCGAAAGUUUCAUCAAAAAAGAGUUGUGCUAGUUGUAAAGAAUCGAAAAAUUGUGUGAAAUUGUUAAAUAAUGAUUUAGAAAGAAUUGAAAAAUUAGUCGAAAAACUUGUAAAUACACCUUCAAUUAAGAAUCACAAUAACAACACUGUAAACAAUGAAAGACGUGAGAACAAUAACAAUGAUGAUUUUAAUCAAGGAGGAAAGUUUGAAUUCAAAUUAAGCUCUAAUAACUUAAGUUUUGGGAAAUCAAAUCUUUGUAAUAUUGACUGGUCGAAAUAUAGUUUCGAGGAACUACAAAAGAUAGUGAUGAAUGCGACAAAGCCUCCGUCAGAGACAUUUCUUUUUAAUAAGUCACCUUUAAGCUCACAUAGUCAAAGUGACCAAAGUAGUGAUGAUGAUGAUGACUUUUAUAAAGAAGAAAUGGUUUUCAUAAAUGAUUCAAAGAAUAAAUCUUUCAAUAUAAAUCCUAUAAUAAAGAUCGAGAAUCCUAUUAAAGAUGAAUCUAAAUGUAAUGGAAAUUUUCUCAAUGAUUAUCUUUAUGGAUUUUCGGAUUUUACUGAAAUUUAA